AAUCAUCGCUUUUAAUUUCUGCCACAUUUGAAUUUUGCUAAUCUUUUCAAUUGAACUUUUAUCCUCUGCAGGAUGAUUGCAAUCAAAAUAGGACAUAACAAUAUUAGUAAGACCUAUAAUACACUUAUCUUGCAAUUAAACUUCAAAUUCAAUACGUAUCUGAAAAAUCGAACAUAUACUACCUUAUCUGAUAAUUUUGAUAUAUGUGUAAUUGGUUCAGGACCUGGUGGUUAUGUUGCAGCUGUCAAAGCUGCACAAUUGGGAAUGAAAACUGCAUGUAUUGAAAAAAAUGAAACCCUAGGUGGCACAUGUCUUAAUGUUGGUUGUAUUCCAUCUAAAGCCUUAUUAAAUAAUUCUCAUUAUUAUUAUAUGGUUACUUCAAAUGAUCUCAAAGAAAGGGGAAUUGAAACAUCUGGUAUUAAGCUAAACUUAAACAAAAUGAUGGAACAGAAGAAGAAUGCUGUUACGGCAUUAACCAGUGGCAUAGCAUACUUAUUUAGAAAUAAUAAAGUCACACAUUUUAAAGGGCAUGGUAAAUUAGUGUCUCCUAACAAAGUGUCAGUUAUUACAAAAGAUGGGACAAAAAUUAUUGAGGCUAAAAAUAUUAUUAUAGCUAGUGGGUCAGAAGUUACACCAUUUCCAUCAAUAACAAUUGAUGAAAAAAGCAUUGUUUCAUCAACAGGUGCACUCUCAUUGCCAUCUGUACCAAAAUCAAUGGUUGUUAUAGGAGCUGGAGUGAUCGGUGUUGAAUUGGGUUCAGUCUGGAAGAGGUUAGGUUCUGACGUGACCGCCGUUGAAUUUAUGGGUCACGUGGGUGGCCAGGGAAUAGACAUGGAAAUUUCCAAACAGUUUCAAAAAACUCUCCUCAAACAGGGCAUGAAAUUUAGGCUGAACACCAAGGUUUUAUCGGCCACCAAACAAGCUGACGGCAAAAUAAAGGUGCAGAUGGAGUCAGUUAAAGAUGGCAAGAAGGAAGAGAUCGAAUGCGAAAUCCUACUGGUAAGUAUUGGGAGGCGUCCAUAUACUCAUAAUUUAGGGUUGAAAGAGAUGGGCCUACAAUUGGAUGAUAAAGGUAGGAUACCUGUCAAUUCAAAAUGGGAAACAUCUAUUCCAAAUAUUUACGCUAUAGGAGAUUGUAUACACGGGCCUAUGCUAGCCCAUAAAGCUGAGGACGAGGGUAUAUUAUGCGUUCAAAAUAUAAAAAAUAAAGGAAAUGCGCAUUUGGAUUACGACGCUGUCCCUUCCGUCAUCUACACGCAUCCCGAGGUGGCCUGGGUGGGUAAAAGUGAAGAACAAAUCAAACAGGAGAAAAUUCCGUACAAAAUUGGAAGAUUUCCUUUCCUAGCCAACAGCCGUGCUAAAUGUAACAACGAACCAGAUGGGCUUGUUAAGAUUAUAGCUCAUCAGGAAUCUAACAAAAUUCUUGGCGCCCACAUUUUUGGACCAUCAGCAGGUGAAUUGAUUAACGAAAUGGUUUUUGCUAUAGAACAAGGUGCUACCUGCGAAGAUGUCGCGAAAACUUGUCACGCUCAUCCAACAUGCGCCGAAGCUGUGAGAGAAGCUAAUCUAGCAGCCUUUUGUGGGAAAGCAAUCAAUUUUUAAAGAUGUUCGUUAAAAUAAUUAUAAUAUUAUUCUAGUGAAUUUUUUUUAUAUAAAACUAAAGCUAUGGAAUUAGAUAACAUUCAUAUUUUAUAAAAUCCUUUAAAUGAAUUAUAAAUUUAUCCCCUAAUUAUUAUUUAUUUCCACAGCCGAAAUAAUCUAUUUUAAAAAU